GUGUUCGCGGCGUUCGGGUGCCACCCGCUCAGCGCGCACGAGUGGGAUGCGGACAUGGCGUCGAUGGUCGAAUCCGCCGUCGCGGAUGAAAACAACGCCGUCGUCGCCGUCGGCGAGUGCGGACUCGAUUACCACUACGCCCUGCGGAAGACGCAGGAGGACGUCUUCGUGGCGCAGAUGAAGAUGGCGACGGAGCUCGGCGCGCCCCUCGUGAUCCACACGAGGGAAGCGGAGGCUGAUACGCUUCGUUUAAUGCGUCAACACCUGCGCAAAGACGCCCGCGUGCACGUGCACUGCUUCACCAGCAGCGCGCGCCUGGCAAAGGCGCUCCUCGGGGAGUAUCCGAACCUGUGCCUGGGGUUCACCGGCGUGUGCACGUUCAAAAACGGCGGCGACGUGCGCGAGGUGGUUCGGUCGACGCCGCUGGAUCGGAUCCUCCUCGAGACUGACGGGCCUUACAUGGCUCCGGCGCCGCACCGCGGGGCGGUGGCGCACCCCGGGCACGUGCCGCACAUCGCGAAGAAGAUCGCCGAGGUGAAAGGGGUGCGCGCGGAGGAGGUGUUUGCGCAGUGCCGGGCUAACACGAGGAGGACGUAC